AUGGUGGUCGAAACGAGAGGAGGGGGUAAGAGGAAGGAUAAUCCAACGAAGGAAGAAGUUCGGAAAGUGAAGUUUGUAAAGACGGCCUCCGAUAAUAUUGAGAAGACGACGACGGAGAAUGUUGAAUCGACGGGAACGGCAAAGACGACGGAGAUUGUUGACUCGAGGGAGAAGACGACGGAUGUCUCGACGGAGGUGACGACGGAUGUCUCGACGGAGAAGACGACGGAUGUCUCGGCGGAGAAGACGAGUGAGGACGCGAGGGAGAGUACGGCAGAGAUAACGGAGCGGAGUGAUGUGGCUUUAGAAACUGCUCCGGCGACAGUGAACAAAGGUCCUGCUGGCCCAUCUCCUCCAGCUCCUCCAGCAACUCCGGCGAUUGGGACUGAAUCUGAAGAAGAAGAGAAUGAGGAAACCCCUUCUUCUGGAGAUGAAGAGAAUCAGAAAGCCGGUUCUGGAGAGGAAGAGAAUGAUCAUGACGACCGUUCCGAUGGUUCUAGCCAGGAGAAUGAAGAUGUUGAAGAAGAACAAGAAGAAGCAAAUGAGAAGGAAGAGACUGAAGGUUCUGAAGAAGGAAAUGGAGAUGGAGAAGGAAAUGGUGACAGAGAAGGAAAUGAAGACGAAGAAGGAAAGGAUAAUGAGAAUGAAGGUUCUGAAGAAGAAAAUGACCGAGAAGAGUUAGCAAAUGGAGAUGACAAUGAGAAUCCACCUGAACCCGGGAAUCCACCUGAACCAGAGGGUUUGAAUGGAAAUGUGGCAACCGAGGCAAUCAAACCAACCAGCAUGUUCUUCAAGCCAACCGAGUACAGAAAAAAAAUAAAGCUAGGGACAAGGUGUAUGAUAGCUAGCGCGAUUAAGACGCUAAAAAAUCUGAAACCCAAGCUGUCUAACGCGGAGAUGAGCUGGUUCACGGAGCAUCCUCAAUUCAGACACAUUUUCCACAUGAAGAUAGAGACUAACCACAGGGUUCAGGGAAUGUGGAUGUUGUUGUUGCGUACUGCUGGUAGCGAGAAGCUAAGAGAAGUGUGGUUCAUUGUGAAUGGGGUUCCAAUCCGUUACGGGCUGAGGGAACAUGGUUUGAUAUCUGCGCUAUUCUGCCAGAACUAUCCUCUCGGCUACAAAGAGCUUGGUGGGACGAGGUUCGUUGAUCGCCAUUUCAAGGAAGGAGAACCGAGAAGGUUAGAGGAUGUUAAGAAGAAGCUGGUGAACAUGGGACCCCACAAAGACAGACUAAAGAUGGCGGUUCUAUUCUUCUUAGCUUCGGUUGUUUGUGCGCAAACGAAGGUUGGACACAAGGCUAAUGAUGUAUUGGAGGUGUUCCAGAGAGCAGUGGAUGAUCUUGAGUACUGCAAGUCCUUUCCGUGGGGGAGAUUUUCCUAUGAUUACAUGGUGAAGGAGAUCUCUCACACAAUGAAGCAUUUUGGAGGGGUGGUGAAAGAGAAAACAUUAUGGCGGCUACCAGGUUUCUGUGUUCCAUUAGAGGUAUGCAAAAUCCCAUUAAACCAGUCUGACAACAUUGUUGUUUACUAAUGCAAAAAUGUUGUGUGUAACAGCUUCUUGCAUUCGAGGCAAUUCCGAAGCUAGGAAUAGCGUUCAGAGAGCCUGUGGUUGGAGCUGGUCGCGACUGUCCGAGGAUGUGCAAGUCCUACUUUAAACGAAAUGGAAUGACAGGGGUGUCACUUUCUGUGAUAAACAAGGAACUGGGUAACACAACUGUAAGUCUUCCUGUGAACUGUGGUCGAACUAUGGUGGGAAUAAAGUGAAACUGUGGUAGAAGUAAGGUAGUACUAGAAAGGGAACUAGGGUAGGAAUAAAGUGAAACUGUGGUAGAAGUAAGGUAGUACUAGAAAGGGAACUAGGGUAGGAAUAAAGUGAAACUGUGGUAGAAGUAAGGUAAUACUUAUUUUCUUUUUAGACAUUAGAAAUUGCUAAGUUUUAAAAUUAUUUAUGUGUGUGAUAGGUUAUUGACAGCAUCAUCCCCACCAAAACUCCACGAGAAGAUAGCCUUUUGGAUGAGAUUAUGGAAGAUGAAGACGAUGUUGAUCAAUCUGAUAUAGCUGUGGACAGUUGGGAGAAGUGUCUGGAUGCAGGGCAGAAGGUUUUUUUUAAAGACAUGUUCGACGAAGAUGUAGUUGGGCGUGAAAAACAGCCAGAACCGAUUGAAGAUGCAACAGGGGAUGGAGUACAAGUAGGUGAGCAGUCGAUUCAGCUGGGAGAUGUUAUGAAUAUGCUGAAAAAAACAAUGAAACUGAUGAGGAAAAUUGACAAGAAAGUUCACCAGCUGGAUGGGAGAUUGGCCCCGCUUGAGGAGUUUGUCAAGGAAGCACAAGGCAAAGUAGUAGAGGUUGAAGAAGCAGAAUCACAAGGGAAAGACAAAAGAAAAAAAACCCAGAAGUCUGUGGGGAAAGGCAAAAAACAGAAAACCAAGUGAAGUCAAGUGAAGUUGAGUGAAACAAAGUCUAUGGAUGUUUUAUGUUAAUCGUUUUUUUUUUUGUUAAAGACAAACGAAGUCUGAAUGUUUAUCUUGUUUGUGAUGUGGAUUUACAACUUUAACUAUGUUAUGACUAGGUUGUUAUGUCAUAUUAGUGUUGUAAUGUUGUUAUUA